AUGGCUGCGCCCCCUGGCAGUCCCAAGAUGGGGCACAGCAUCAGCAAAUGGUCCACGUUCAAUUUGGCCACUUCUGUUGAAUAUGUCCACCAGAAGUGGCCAGACUGCCCAAAGUGCCCAAAGCAAAAUAAACCAGGUCCCUCCAAUUCAAUUUCAGGGCUAAACUCAAUGGCUCCAAGGGCAAUUCCCACAGUUGUACAGCUCAAAACAAUUAAGUUUGGUCCUGAAAUUGAAUUGGAGGGACCUGGUUUAUUUCACUUUGGGUACUUUGGGCAGUUUGGCCACUUCUGGUGGAUAUGUCCACAAGAAGUGGCCAAACUGAACGUGGACCAUUUGCUGAUGAGGGAGUCCCCUCCUGGCGGAUCCUAUGAUAGGGCACAGGAGCUUGUGUUUGGGAUCCAUGAGUGGUCCACACAAGUUGCAUGGGUAUACACCAGCAUGAGUUGA